CAUUUAUACAUUUCGUAAUCGCACUUCACACUCACCACCGCAAAACUAUUCACUCUUCCGACGAUCUCUCAGUCAUUGAUUCAUAUUUCCCCAUAACACACACUGAAAACACACACACAAACAUGGCGCCAAAGAAGAAACAACAACAAAAUAAAAAAUCAUCAUCUUCUUCAUCAAAAAACAAACCACAGGCAUCAUCUUCAACCGGUCCAAAACUUCAAAUUUCUGCGGAGAAUGAAAAUCGGCUGCGGCGGCUUUUACUUAACUCUGGCCGGUCCACCGUUGCUGCUCCGGUUCCGGAAGAUUCUUCUAAUCUUACCAAAGAACAAAAGGCGAAAAAAUUGCAUAAUGUUUAUGAAAAGUUAUCUUGUGAAGGUUUUACUGAUGAUCAUAUCGAACGUGCUCUCUCUCAUCUUAAGGAAAGGGCUACUUUUGAAUCUGCCUUGGAUUGGCUAUGCUUGAGUUUGCCGCCAAAUGAGCUCCCACUGAAGUUUCGCAGUAGCACUGCAAUUCUUCCUGAUGAUGGUGGUUCUGUCGGUGUCAUAUCAACUGCACGAGAUGAUUGGGCCCCUGCUCUACACUCAGCAGUUGCUACUGAAAAUGAAAAGCCAGACAUAUCAAUCAAGAGUAUAGAGCAGCGAAAAGUUGAUACUUUGGAUACUUUCCAGCAGUCUCAAGCAGAUUGGAUCCGUCAGUAUAUGGAGCAACAAGAAGAGGAUGAUUAUGAAUCUUGGGAAGAUGCUGCGGUUGAUCAGGAAUGCGAGCCAAGAAACUAUGAGAUUAUUCGCGAGGAAUAUCACAGUGCUCGGUUACAAGCUAUAAAUGCCAAAGAAAGAAAGGAUAAGAAAGGCCAAGAACAAUCUGGUCAAUUAAUUCGUAAACUUAAGCAAGAGAUGGCUGCACUAGGUAUAUCGGUUGAUACCUUGGCUGCAGAAUUUGAGAGUCGCCAUCGUGUUGUUGAGGAAUCCCAUAAAAAACACGUGGAUGCUGCUUUACGUAAAGAAGAUGCUUCUUUAGACUCUUUUGUUGAGAAAUUGGACCCGGAAGAUGAUGGAACCUUUACAGAUAAUUACCCAGAAGAUCUCUUAAUGCAGGGUCUUGCGUUAAGUUUUCCUAGUCAAGAUGGAACAGUUGUAAAUGAGGACUCAGAAGAAAUCGAGUUGGGUGAUAUGUUUCUGGAAGACUCAUCAUCUGGUGAAGUUUUGCAUCCUCGGAUUGUGGAACUGCAGAAGAAGGAGAAGAUGAAAGAGUUAACUAGUGAAAAAAACUUGGAAAAGUUGGAGGGACUCUGGAAGAAGGGGGACCCACUAAAGAUUCCUAAGGCCAUUCUUCACCAAGUUUGUCAAAGAUCUGGAUGGGAGGCACCAAAGUAUAUUAAAGUACAAGGCAUAGGAGAUGGGUGUAGUUAUACUGUGAGUGUGAUACGUAAAUCUAGUGGGAGGGGUAAAAGCAGAAAAGCUGGAGGACUAACUACUGUUCAGCUACCUAGUCCUGGAGAAACAUUUGAAACUGCUGAGGAUGCACAAAACAGAGUUGCUGCAUUUGCUUUGUAUCAACUCUUCCCUGACCUACCUGUUCAUUUGAUGAUGACAGAUCCAUAUGCUUCACUGGUUUUACAAUGGCUGGAAGGAGACCUAUCAGGAGAUGUGAAAAACACGGAAGUAGAUAGACGGGCAGGUUUUGUGGAUUCGUUACUUGAUGCCAAUGUUAUAUCUGCGGAUCUCCUGGAUACUUCUAUGCAGAAUGAUUAUCAAACUACUCAGGCUCAAGAAGAUACAAGUUCCAAGGAUACUGGUAUUAGUAUGAAUGUUGAAAGUACUGACUAUCAUAAUCAGGUAGAGAGUACCUACUUAAAAAAGCAACAAGAUAGUAAAAGAAAAAUGAAGAAGUAUGAGGACAUGUUAAAAUCAAGAGCUGCUCUACCUAUUGCUGAACUAAAAGGCGAAAUUUUACAUUUGUUAAAUGAUAAUGAUGUUCUAGUUGUCUGUGGAGAAACGGGUUGCGGAAAAACAACUCAGGUGCCUCAGUUUAUCUUGGAUGACAUGAUUGAAGAGGGACAUGGUGGGAUUUGUAACAUUGUGUGCACUCAACCAAGGAGGAUAGCGGCCAUUUCUGUUGCUGAAAGAGUUGCUGACGAGCGUUGUGAGUCUUCACCAGGUUCUAAUGAUUCUUUGGUCGGUUAUCAAGUACGUCUUGAUAGUGCAAGAACUGAGAGAACAAAACUUCUGUUUUGUACAACUGGCAUUCUGUUGAGGAUGAUUGUGGGAAACAAAAGCUUUGCUGAUAUAACUCAUGUUAUUGUUGAUGAAGUGCAUGAGCGGUCUCUCUUGGGUGAUUUUCUGCUGAUUAUCUUGAAGAGUUUUAUUCAAAAGCAAUCUGCCCAAAACGCACAAAAGCUAAAAGUUAUCCUUAUGUCUGCAACAGUUGAUUCGCAACUGUUCUCACAUUACUUUGGUGACUGCCCUGUUAUUCAUGCACAAGGCCGAACACAUCCUGUGACAACCUAUUUUCUUGAGGACAUCCACGAAAAAACAGAUUACCGGCUUGCUUCAGAUUCCCCAGCUUCUUUGAGAUCUGAUGCGCCAAAACAGAAGGGUGCCGCUGUUGACAACCACAGAGGCAAGAAGAAUCUGGUCUUAUCUGCAUGGGGUGAUGAAUCCGUUCUGUCUGAAGGGUAUACAAACCCCUAUUAUAUUCCAGGAAACUAUCAAACAUACAGCGAGCAAACUCAGCAAAACCUGAAAAGGUUGAAUGAAGAUGUUAUUGAUUAUGAUCUUCUUGAAGACCUGAUUUGUCACGUUGAUGAAACUUAUCCUGAGGGUGCAAUAUUGGUCUUUCUACCUGGAGUUUCUGAAAUUCACACAUUGCUUGACAAGUUAGCUGCGUCGUACCAAUUUCGUGGAGAAGCCUCUGAAUGGCUUCUCCCAUUGCAUUCGUCUAUUGCAUCGUCUGAGCAGAAACAGGUGUUUCUGAGGCCUCCAGAUGAUAUCCGUAAGGUGAUAAUCGCCACAAAUAUCGCAGAGACUAGUAUUACGAUAGACGAUGUAGUUUAUGUCAUUGAUUGUGGCAAACAUAAGGAGAAUCGCUACAAUCCGCGGAAGAAACUGUCAAGCAUGGUUGAAGAUUGGAUAUCUCGAGCUAAUGCAAGGCAGCGACGAGGAAGAGCUGGACGUGUAAAACCAGGAAUCUGCUUUUGCAUGUAUACUCAUCACCGAUUUGAAAAGCUCAUGCGCCCAUUUCAGCUUCCAGAGAUGCUGCGGAUGCCAUUGGUAGAAUUAUGUUUACAAAUCAAAUUACUUUCUCUUGGUCGUAUAAUGCCAUUUUUAGAGAAGGCCCUUGAACCUCCAACAAAGGAGGCCAUUACUUCAGCAAUUUCAUUGCUAUACGAGGUUGGUGCAGUCGAAGGUGAUGAAGUGUUGACACCUCUUGGGUAUCAUUUGGCAAAACUACCAGUUGAUGUAUUAGUUGGAAAGAUGAUGUUAUAUGGUGGAAUAUUUGGCUGCUUAUCACCUAUUCUCUCUAUUUCAGCAUUUCUGAGCUAUAAAUCUCCAUUUAUAUACCCUAAGGAUGAGAGACAUGCUGUUGAGAGAGCAAAAUUCGCUCUAUUAACUGAUAAUGUUGGCGGUGCAAAUGAUGUGGAUAAUUGGGAUCGACAGUCUGACCAUUUGAUUAUGAUGAUUGCAUAUAAGAAAUGGGACAAAAUUUUGCAUGAGAAUGGAGCUAAUGCUGCAGAACGUUUCUGCAAAUCAUAUUUUUUAAGCAGCUCUGUUAUGUACAUGAUAAGGGACAUGCGGGUACAAUUUGGAACAUUGCUGGCAGAUAUUGGACUCAUUGACCUUCCAAAAAAUUAUCAGAGUGGGGGUAAAUGGAAAGAGAAACUUGAUAGUUGGUUUUCAGAUACUACACAAGCAUUCAAUGUUUAUUCAAAUCAUUCCUCAGUUGUGAAGGCAUUGCUUUGUGCUGGUUUAUAUCCCAACGUCGCUGCGACUCAACAAAGUGUUUCAGAGAAAGCUCUAAAUAGCCUUAGACAGUCUGCAGGUCCUGCAAUGGAUGGCUCUAAUGUGUGGUUUGAUGGAAGAAGGAUAGUCCACAUUCACCCUUCUUCUGUCAAUAGCAUCUCUAAAACUUUUCAGCACCCAUUUCUUGUUUUCCUUGAGAAGGUUGAGACAUCGAAGGUGUUUCUCCGGGAUACAACCAUCACUUCUCCCUACUCUAUUUUGUUGUUCGGUGGUUCCAUGAACAUUCAACAUCAGACUGGUCUUGUAACAAUAGAUGGUUGGUUGAAAAUGGCUGCACCAGCUCAAACUGCUGUCCUCUUCAAGGAACUUCGACUAACUCUUCAUUCAAUUCUGGAGGAACUGAUUAGGAAGCCACAGACUGCAAACAUUGCUGAAAAUAAUGUCAUCCAGUCGAUUGUACAUUUGCUACUAGAAGAGGAUAAACCUAAAAGGUGAUAUGCUAUAAAAUCAUUGGAAUGCUUUUCUACAAUUCACAGUCCUCAGAUAGUGUGUUGGAAGAUACUUUGUUAUGGUUUCAUGUUAACAGCUUUUUGGAGAAAAGGGUUCUGCAUCAUCUGCAUUACAACAAAUUACUGACCACAAAGUUUACUGUAAGUUCUCAUCAGGUUAUUACUUAUUAAAUUAAUGAGCCAAAAUUUUUUUUAGAUUAUGUAUGUAGGCAAAUAUAAAUAUAGUUCCAAUUGUUCGAAAUUUGAAUUUACAUUUUGAUAAUGAUAAGUUACAGAAAUUCUAUGAACUCA